AAUAUUACCCAACUGUUGAUGAAUUCUUACGGAGACUACAAUCUGAAAACGAAGUAAAAGAUCAAAAUAUUGAAAUGAAUGAUGUUAUUGUUGGCAACGAAAAUGAGGAUCAACUAAAAGAUUCAAAAAUUGAGUCCGGAAAAAAGAAUGAUGAAAGACCAGGCUUUGAAGGUCGCCAUUUACCAAAACUAAUACAGAUGCUUGAACGUGGAACCACUGAUAAACUUCCAAGAAAAUUCAAACGUAAGUUAGGAAAAAGACAAAUAAAUCCUAGGGCUAAUAGUAAAAUUAGAAAAUAUGUAGCAACUCAUGGAUUUCAACCUUCUCCUAUGCUUGACGAGGGUGACGUAUGA